AUGGACAAUCUCGGCUUGCAAUUCGGGCUGAUGAAUUCCUUGGGCCGCCUCGCGGGAGACAGCCCACUGGUCAGCAUCCUGCUGUGUGCCUUGGUCCCCUUCCUGUUGAAGGAGGUCCCGCGGCUUAUCGAAGCCUUCGGGGAGCUUCUGAGAAGGUAUCUUGCAGAUGGUCAGGAGCACUACACGAGACGCAUCGUUUUCACGCAGGGCGACAACAUGCACGUCCAGCACUAUCAUGGUCAUCGAGAUAUUCUUGGCUCUGAAGAAACGUCCACAGAGCGUAACAACAUUUUGCAGAAGGCGAUCCGAUUGUACAUCAACAAAGACAAAGAUGCGCUUCACAUCAAGGAUGCCGAGAUCUACUUGCUGGACAAUAGUGCUACCGUGGACAGCGGGCCCACUUUCGACCGUUACGGAAAUUUUAGGCAAGAGGUGAAAUUCGUCGGUGAAAUGGAUGCUUCGGUGAAGAAGCUCAUGGGCUACGGUGUGACCAAGGGUCCCAGAGAGCGCGACUACUUACUCGUCGAUGCCAAGAGGAAGAUCGAGUUCAUGUACCACACGGCUUGCAUUGCUCCUGAGACCCCGGACGAGUCCAAGGGCAAAGGCAAAGGUGCACCGGCAGCCGGGAAGACAACCACCACCUUUUGCCUCCGAUCUUCAGGGCCCAAUGCUGAGAAGAACGUCGACAGCUUCAUCGAAGAGGCUUUGGAGUCAUAUAAGCAUCAGAAAGCGAAGUCCAUAGAUCGAUCCCGCUAUUUCUUCAUGCCGCAGCUGCAGAAGCAGGAUUCAGAUGGGAUGGGCAAAGGAUUCGGCAAGGCAUCGCCCCAGCAUGGCACCUACAAGAAGUACCUCCUCUCGGAUCACAAGACGUUCGACUGUCUUUACUUCCCCGAAAAGGCGCAGGUCCUGUCCAUGCUCGACGAUUUCCUCAAGAUGCAAGGCAAGUUUGCGAUCCCGGGUUUUCCCAACAAGCUAGGUUUGCUGCUGCAUGGACCUCCGGGCACGGGUAAGACCAGCCUUAUCAAGAGCAUCGCGCAGUUCACGGGGAGGCACAUUGUGGAUGUACCGCUGACGAAAGUCAAGACCAACCAGGAGCUGUUUGACAGGAUGUUCGACCUAGUUUUUGCUGUUCCCGGCGACGAUGAGGCUGUGCGAAUGAGGUUCGACAACAUCGUCUUCGUAAUGGAAGACGUAGAUGCUGCCUCAAAGGUCGUGUACCGCAGAUCGCCGGCAAAGGAGCACAAGAAGAAGGCCAAGGGCAAAGGGAAGAUGCUAGACGGCAAGGACAAGGGCAGCAAAGGCUCAGCAUCAGAAGUCUGCAAAGGCCAAGAGAUGUUAGACGAGGGUGCGCUGCCCGGGAGCCACGAUGGGAAAGGCAAAGGGGCCAGUGCAGGCACAUCAGUGAGCAAGGGCGAACAGCUACUUGCCGAGAUGGCAAGGCGAGGGCCCCCCCAGCUGAGCCGCGCCCAAUCUCACACACUGAGCCUUGUCCGGACGAUCACGAUUGGGCCAGAUGCCGAAUGCCGCAAAGAGCCUGCCGCACUGCCGGUCCCAUCACACGACGAAAUGGACGACGAGGAUGAAGAGGAUGAGGAGCCUGACGAUGAGGAAAGAGCCGAGCGCAGGUCCAGCAAUUCAGUGGAGCAUCUGGCUGAAGCCAUCGGCCGGCUGGGUGUUAGCUCGGGGCAGGAUGAACCCAAGAGUUUCUCCAGUCGUUUCAGCCGAGAUGCCGACGAGCUGAAUCUCUCUGGUGUACUGAACGUCCUGGAUGGGGUUGUUGACUCUCCUGGCCGCAUCUUGAUCAUGACCACGAACCACCCAGAGAAACUCGAUCCUGCCCUUAUUCGGCCCGGCCGCAUCAACUUUGCCAUUGAGCUGGGUUUCAUGAAGGGCGCGUGCUUGUGCCAGCUCGUGUCACGCCUCAUGGGGCAGGAGCUCACCGAGGCUCAGGCCCAGGAAGCGUGUGAGCUCGCCGGCAAAAGCAAGGUCACGCCAGCCAAGGUGGAGCAGAGCUGUGCCGAGGCCAACUGCGUGCAGGACCUCCUGGCAGGCUUAAAAAAAAUCGCGGACCUGGAGCGGUGA